AAGAUCGGCGAGGCCGGCCCGGAAACCUCGAUGAGAGACACCCCAUCAUUUCCCCUCGGCAAAAAAAAAAGUACUCGUAUUUCCCAGAGAAGAAUCGGGAGAAGUGACCGAUGGAGAAAGACACGGCGGCGACGGCGACGGCGAGGGUGUGCCGGCGGUGCAAGGCGAAGUACUCGCCGUCGGGAAACACGCCGCAGUCCUGCAGGUUCCACCCUUCCUUCUUCGUCUGCCGCCGCCACGACGACCAGAAGAGGUACUACGAGCUUAAGGACGGCGACCCUCCCUACGCCGCCAAGUUCUACGACUGCUGCGGCGCCGAGGACCCCGACGCCGCCGGCUGCGCCACCAGCUUCCACCUCUCCUACGACGACCCUGAGUAACGAACUAGGACUAGUAUGCUUGCUUGUUCCUCUGAAGCAAACGCACUGUUCUGUUACUUUGUACAGUCAGUAGAACAAACAUCCAUCUGAAUUUUGUGUAUAAAUCCUAUCAGUGUUCAGAAUAAAAUCCUAUCCUGUAAUAUCAGUGUUCAGAAUAAAAUCGUCAGAAUGAA